AUGGACAUUUUCGAAAAGAAUAAUCUUAAUAUACUCGAUUUACCCGAUGAAAUAUUACUGAUCAUUUUCAAUAAACUGAAUACAAUCGAUGCGCUCUAUUCGCUUGUAGACGUUAAUGAACGAUUUAAUCGAUUAGUAUUUAAUGCACUUCAUAUUCACAAUCUUGAUACGAUCAACAUGGUCAUAAGAUCAUAUUAUGAUCGUAGAUUUUCAAUAGACGAUAAUAUUCUUUCAAAAAUAUGCGAAAAAAUCUUACCUCGAAUUUAUCAUCAAUUAAAUGAACUUAUCGUUGAA